UGUAGCGGACAAAGUGGUUCUGGGAAGACUGAAGCUACCAAGCAAAUAGUUCAUUACCUCAGCUUGAUGUAUCGAAACAGAAACGAGAGUCUAAGACAGCCUAUGGAAGUCUUUCCCAUCCUUGAAAGUUUUGGGAAUGCCAAGACUAUUCUGAACAACAACUCAAGUCGCUUUGGCAAGUACCUUCACAUCCACAUACUAAAUGGAGCUGUUGUAGGAACCUCACUGUCCAAAUAUCUCCUGGAGAAGUCCAGGAUUGUCUUUCAGGCCAGUAAGGAGAGGAACUACCAUGUGUUCUAUGAACUGCUGGAAGGUUUGAAUGACUGGGACAAAGAGAAGCUCUUCCUGCAGGGAGCUGAGACCUAUUACUACCUAAAUCAAGGGGGUGCCUGCAUUUUGAACGGGAAGCAAGAAAAACAGGACUUUCACAUUUUGCUUCACUGUUUGGAGACUAUUGGCCUGCAUUCAGAUCAAAUCUCCCACAUAUGGGCCAUCCUCUCCUCCAUCCUGCAGCUCGGUAACAUCUCUUUCAGCUCCUAUGAGAGUGAGUCAUUUGAAGUGGCUCGUAUCUUCAGUGAGGCGGAGGCCAGAAGGGUUGGUUCCUUGUUGCAGAUUUCCCCUGAGGCCCUUCAAACUGUAAUUACCCACAAAGUCACAGAGACCACCUUUGAUCGGAUCUACUGCCCCCUGUCUGUGGAAAGUGCCAUAGAAUCAAGAAAUGCGAUUGCCAAAGCUUUGUACACAGUUCUGUUCGACUGGUUGUUGGAGCAAAUUAAUGACUGGCUGAGUCCGGCAGAGAUGGACAGCACUGUUGGUGUCGUGGAUAUUUACGGCUUCGAGGACCUGGAAGUGAACAGCUUCGAGCAGCUGUGUAUUAACUUUGCCAACGAGCAGCUGCAGCAUUUUCUCAACAAAACACUGAUUUCCCAGGAGCAGUGUUCCUUGUUUGGAACAGUAAUGGAACAAAUUUCCCUCCGUCUACCUGCAUGUUUUCUGUUCCUCUAUAGAAAUGCGAUUGCCAAAGCUUUGUACACAGUUCUGUUCGACUGGUUGUUGGAGCAAAUUAAUGACUGGCUGAGUCCGGCAGAGAUGGACAGCACUGUUGGUGUCGUGGAUAUUUACGGCUUCGAGGACCUGGAAGUGAACAGCUUCGAGCAGCUGUGUAUUAACUUUGCCAACGAGCAGCUGCAGCAUUUUCUCAACAAAACACUGAUUUCCCAGGAGCAGGAGGAGUACGACGCCGAGCAGAUCCUUUGGCAUCCAGUGCAGCUAAAGAACUUUCACUCCUGUCUGGAUCUGAUCUCCUCCAGACCAAACGGCAUCCUCCGCAUUUUAGACGAUCAGACAUGCCUCCCACAGGCGACUGACCACACCUUCCUUCAGAAAUGCCACUACCACCAUGCCAGCAACCCCUUCUACUCCAAGCCCAAGAGCCCGAUGCCCGUCUUCACGAUUUAUCACUACGCUGGAGCUGUCACCUAUGAGGUUCAUAAUUUCCUCAAUAAGAAUCAAGACCAGUUCAGGACAGAAAUCGUGGAACUUUUUGCUAGAAGCAGGACAAAGAUGAUUUCUGGGCUCUUCCAGAAGCUUCAGGACAGCUACGUCCAGCAGAGGGAACUGGGUUUGAAGGGGAAACGUCUUCGCCAGCUGCCCCCGACCACAGCUUCACACUUCCUCCAGUCCCUGAGCGAACUCACCACCUGCAUGGAAAGGUGUAAAACAACCAUCAUCCGCUGCCUGAAGCCAAAUUAUGUGAAGACAUCAAAGCGAUGUUGA